AUGCCCGUUACCGAGUUUGCCCUCAUAAAGCUGAGGGGCAAAUAUGACGGCCUCGAGUUCCUCGAGACUCUCAUGGAGUGUCAGGAGAUUCAGGACAAUUGGGUUCGCAAGAACCAGGCGUGGAAUUUGAAUCCCGACGCGAAUGUUAGCAGCAUGUACACUGAUGCAACGGACCAAUCAACACUUCUCAUCACAGCGCCCUGGGAUUCCCCCGAGGCUCACGGCGAAUGGAUUCAGAGCGCGGAGAACAGGAUGGCAAACGGCAGCCUAAGCGAGUUCAGUGCACCUGGGUGCGACUCUGUCCUGCUGUUCCACAUGGAGCCGGCAGGGGCCAGGCCGCAGAUGCGCGAAGCCUUCAAGCACAAGGACAGCAACGACACAUUCGAUGUCUGCCGUAUAACAGUCAAGGGCAAUCAACGAGAAGCACUACAAUGUGAAUAUCAAACACUAGAAAACGAAUUGCGAAAAGAAGGUCUGGAGAAGAGCAUAUGGGCAGGCUGGAGGAUCGAAACGACCGAUGGUGAGGAGGAUCUGGUUGUAUUCUGGGCCGGCGAUGUUCCAAGGAAACGAUUAGAAGGCUUGGCCAGUCUAGCCCUCAAGAAGGAUCAUCGCCGCUUCAGGCACAUUGUGUAA